AUGCCCGUACUGUGGUCCAUUAUCAGCUCAGUGGACCUCAGUCUUUACAAACUUGUCGGACCUGCGGGCAUGGGAGAAGCGACCCCUGCUCAUUCUGCUGCAGGGGCUUUCGUACCCAUGUUGGGGGUCGGUUUAGGAACUAUGCCCGGGGGAGUCGGUAACGGACCGGUGGUGGCGGGCUCCAGGGGCUCCGCGGUCCCACAGCUGCACAACGCCAUAGUGGAGCGUUUGCGCGCCCGCAUCGAGCUGUGCAGGAGGCACCACUCCACCUGCGAGAACCGCUACCAGAGGGGCCAGGCCGAGACCUCGGACCGGGAGCACGAGAGCACGCUUCACCUGCUCAACAUUGUCCAACAAGGGCCCGGGAACAGAAAGGCGAAGGGCAGCCGGGGAUCGAACCAACAACCACCAGAGUACAGCAGGGCCAACGGAGAGCAAAAGGGCACGGAGGGCGACCAGAAGAUCUCCACGCGCAUAGCGCUUCAAGGAUCUUUGCGCAGGAAGAUUGAGGGCCAUGCACCAGGACACGCAUCAAAGCAGAAUGGGCUCUCGUGUGGUUUCUCUGGAUCUGACUUUAAGCGAGUCCGCAUGGAUACGGGUGGCCUGGGACAUGGACCCUGCAACCAUAACUUAACCCAGUCUCAUUCCCUGCAAGGCUCCUCAACCAUGGGCAUGCAGAGGAAGAAUUACAUGAUGCCCCAUGGAGUGGGGUCAGACAUAUUCAACAUGACCCUGAAAGAAAUGAAAAAAGAGCCCAUUGAGGUGCAGUCUUGUGGCCAGUCAAAUGCAGAGAUGAUCUUUGACUUCAAAGAUGAAGGCGGUGGUCAGAUUGACCCAGACCUCCAGGAUCUUUUUGACGAGCUGACAAAGACAGUUCCAACGUUGAAUGACCUGGAGUUUGAGAAGAUGCUGAAGCAGGAUGAUACAUUCGGUUUGGACCUUGGUCGGCCGAGCUCGGCAGGAACAGCCAGGAAUCUGUGUCCCCCAUUGGAUAGGCCCAUAAAGAUGGAGCACUCCCCAGACUUUGGCCCAAUUCACGGUGGCUCGCCACAGCUUCGACCGGCCUCAGCGGGACCCUCUUUCACGUUGACCAGCACCCCUACUACCACCUCGUCGCAGAAAGCUAACACUCAGGCAGGACACCCUAGAGCUCUGCCCUGCUGGCCAGAAAUAUCCCACGCAGAGCAGCUGAAGCAGAUGGCAGCAAACCAGCAACAGCCAAGCACUCUGCUCCAUCACCACCAUCAAACACCACCUGCAGGAUUGACCAACUGGGCUCCCGCCAUGAGUACCAACUCCUCCACCAGCGCCUUCCCCCAGGACAAGGUCUCCAGCCCGGCCCAGCUUAACCAGCAGAGGAUUGGCCCUCAAAGUAAAGGGAUCAACAACUGCCUCUUCAAGUCAAAUGGCCACAACGGCUCCCAUCAUUUGGACAUGAAGGUUCUCAGCACCAAACCCACCUUGCACUUCAGCCCUAAAGCACCCCAUUCUGCCAGCCAACCGAUGCCCAUUAUGGGGAACUCUGUGAACAAGGCAUCGCCGCAACAGUCGCUGUCAACCGUCCAGAAUCAGCCCCAUCCAUCCCUCCACUUUCAGAACCAGCAGAUCUCCACGUCAGGGACUCUCUGCCUGCCGCCCAAGCCGGUUCCCUCAGGGCUGCCGUUCAAACUAGCACAACAGCGACAGGGGGUUCCUCCUGGUCCGAGGCUGCCCACCAAUGGAAGUUUAGGAGUCAUGUCAGCCCAGACGCAGCCACGGCCCCCGGUGCCCAUUAACCAGCUAAAAGGCCCUGCCAAAACUCAGGCCAUGCAGAGACAGCUUACUCAACAACAGCUCACUAUUAGCAAUUCAGAUAAGGACAAUGCACAUGAUCAGUUUAAUCGUCAUCUUACAAGACCGCCACCUGAUUACAAGCAGUCAAGAAGUAUGGUGGGAGUUCAGCAAGGAAACCUCUUCACAGGUCAAAACUCCUCCCAGUCUUCCAGCAAUGGGCCUGAGAAUGACCUACAGUCUAUGUCCUGUCACCUCCCAAAUGGGCCCGGCCCGAAGAUGAGUCAGCCACCAUCGGACCGCAGGUUUGGUAUCGGGACUGACCUUCGUCCGAAUCCCUGUAUUGGUCAAUUCCAGCAGCAUAACAAUCAGAAUCGAAUUGGACUCAAUCAAAAUAAAGCUAGGUUCUUGGGGCCAAGCACACACGGAAAUUCUUUUGGGAUGAACAAUGUAGCAGGUGUACAGCAGCCGAGAACAGCUGACCUGCAUUCCUCAGGGGUCCCAGGACAGGCCCUCGGAGGCUUGAUGAAAAAUGUUAACAUGGGCUGGGGCUCAGCCAACAAGCAAGUGACAACUGGACUUGUUAGACGGUUACCCAAUCCCCUCCAGUCUCAGGGUGGGCAGCUGGACAUGCCAACCCACCCCUACCAACAGAGGCACAUCGGCCCUCAAAACCAGGUAGCACCAGACAUUGGGAUGCUCCCUCUUAACCCUUUGCUAAGAGACACAGUUCCAAGACCAAACCAGCCGAUGAUGGGAUCUCCAUCAACAAUGGGGACCCUGAACCAGGCCUCUCCUGAACAGAGGGUACCAGCAGGGAACUUUGCAGAGCCCGGCUCUAGCAGCUACCAGAAUAACCGGGCCAACCGUCUGACCUUUGACUUCCUCCCUGAGGGAGACAACACAGUUCCAGGGAUCAACACAGACUCAGACUUCAUAGACUCUCUGCUCAAGUCUGGCUCUGGCAAUGAUGAUUGGAUGAAAGAUAUAAAUUUGGAUGAGAUUCUGGGCAGUCACUCGUGAAUUUGGGUCACAGAUUGCUAUCAACCCGCAGCUCAGAGUAUAGGGAUUAUGGGUGUUAGGGGGAACAUUUGUAAAUAAUGUUUAAAUGGAAUUUUAUAAACUCAUAUUAUUUGUUAUCCAAGUAUACUGUAUUGUUUUGUAUGGUAAUAACUGUGAAAGGAAUUUGUGUUCUGUCCUUAGUACUCCUGCAUAUUUUAUUCCUGGUAUAUCAAGAAACUACUUUUCUUUUCAGUCACUGUUUUUAUGGUUUGUCAUAUUCAUGCCGUAGUGCUGUGGUAAAGGAUAAAAUAUCAAUUCACACUGUGAAAAAAAACAUUGCUGUGUUGCUUUCAAGUUCAUCUUGGUAUUCCAAGUUAAGUUUCUAAAUCUGCAUCCACUAUUUAGCAUGACGUUAUUUACCUUCAGAAGUUUUGCUCAGUCAUGCACACGGAGAACCUUGCCACAAUAAAUGUUUUCUUAGUUAUUGUUUAUGUUUUUUCAUCUGUGGUAGUUUUCGAUGCAGUGUAAGUAAUGUAACCCUUCAUUUUUUCAUGUGAUAUUUAAUAAGUAUUGGGAUAGUAAUGAGACAUUAUAAUACAUGUAAUUAAUCAAAUUGAUUUGAAUAAACAAAUAUAUAAAAUGUGCUUAUUU